UAAAACGGCACGCUCCAGGGAUUGUCAUGAUACCACCUAAACAGACAGCGCCAUGCUCAUGAGAAAAUUGCUGCCUUGAUAAUUUCUUGUACUACCCCACCUCGCGCGGCUGAUUAUCGCCAUGAUCUAAAAGCCGGUUUGUAUCAUCUGCACUACGAAGGCCGAGAAAUAUAAAAUGUUUGACGACUUGGACGUCCUUCUUGGGGAAACCGCAGCAUUGGGCGAGAGCGCUAAAGCGAAAAAGAACCCUCGACCACGAGGGAAUGAUAAAGCAAAGGAGGGCUGGGGAUUUGGCGCCUCAAGCUCGGUCGAGACGAAAAAGAAAGAUGGUAGGUUUCACGCUUUCUUGUGAUGAACAAUUAUUCAAUUUGAACUUCUACAUAGUUCCACCACAUAAGUCGAUUACGGCUAGUAGUAAAUGUACAGAAACAGAGCCUAUAUGUUUCAUUUUCAGUUUCUAUUGUUUCACUUUCGUGGCUACUGUCGUUCCCGUCACCAGUGAGUAGUUGCUCUUGAAUACGAGACAACGCUCUUGAUCAGAUCCAGCCGCUACUAGUCUCACCGCCACGCAGGAGAGUCAAGAUACACUUAUCAAAACGAGCUCGAAGCAUGACAGCUUCGACGAUGGGCCGCGCGGGGACGCCAUUCCGACUAUCUUAUGCCGCUUCUAACAUCACUUUUCUUGAUACACGACCUUAGGAGCUUUCUAAGGCAAAUGUCUUCUACUAUAAUUCUUUAUGUUUAUAGUACAAAGAGACAAGGUAGGUUAUAUAUUUAUAACACUCCUCUCCGCCCUUUGCCUUUCUUCUUGAAGUAGAUGCAGGUCCAAUAACUUCUUGGUCAGAAGCAGACCCAAGAACGGUCAGGAAAUAUUCUAAUGUAAAAAACGCCUUAUUUUGCUUCUAGGUGUUGCUAAUCACUCCUGAUCUCGAGGACAACGACAAUGACGACUUGACAGAGCAAAUCGCUGCGCCGCCGAUUGCUAAUGAUGCCCGGUUUUUCCAGUCUCUGCGCGAUCUAGAAAAAGACUCAGCGGAAAAGAAACUGGUACUGGAAAUUGAAAUUUGAAGGGUCGAUUAUCUGCUCAUGUACUUCUGUUGCAGGUAUAACUGCACUCGAAUCAUGGACGAGAAUUAUGAUAGAAGCACCUCCACGUCUACACUCCAAUAUGGAACUGUUCUCAGGUUUUCAAAUAUCUUGAAACUUUCUUCUCAACAACAUAGUGUUAGUGAUGUGUAUGUAUGUAAUUUUGUUUUUUAUGUAAUUUUGUUUCCUAGUUAGACGUGCUCCACCGGUAUUAUGAACAACAUAAUGAUCAGCUGUACACGUCGGCGCAGCAGGGGGUGGAUUUGGCGGCGUUGAUGAGCGUGAUGACGCCAUACUUAGGGCUGAUUUUUCAUUACCGCAUGCUCAAAUUACUGUUACCUAAACCUAUCCUUUCUGUUGAGAAGAACGAUAUUACAGAAACAAGGAUAAACAAAGAUUACUGGAUCGGGGGAGGCGCAUUCAAUGUUAUAGAUACAUACAUAGAUGUCCUCAAAGUACUAGUUUUCACAUGUAGUUCUUGAAGCACUGUUCUGCUUCAAAGCUUAAUAUCUGAAUACUCCAAAGAGUACUCCUCUAAAAUGUCAGCAGGUCUGCGAGGCAGAUGAUGUAUGGGACUACGGAUUCGUCUUCCAGGAGGUCGUGACCCACGUCAAUCAGAUCACGCAGGAUAAGGCAUCCACAAGUUGAAGGCUCUUGUGACACGACGAGGCAUCUGGAGCAGCCGAAGGUUGAGGCUUCGAACAGGUUAGAGCGCGAUAUGUUGAGCGGAAUCGAGCGUGGUGGCGCAUGAGGUCACGACGGCAACUGUUCGUCCUCACUUAUGGAAAUGAUAGGAGCGAAACGAUACAUAAGCUUACAAAAUGAUGAUCAUCGCGACAACGGCAAUAGAAAUUCUUCGCAACUCCAAUAACGGCUUGCAGCGGAGUGCGUGCCAGCUUGUUUUUAAGCAUAAGUUGCUCGAGAACAACAACAUUAAGAAAGAGAAAAUAGAAAGUAGCACAUGAGCUCCUAAAAAUAGAGUGACGACCUA